AUGUCUGCUAAUUUCAUCCGUGACGAAAACUCUAUUCCGAGCAUUGUCCUCAGAAAACCUAAUGAUCACGAGUGCUACAUUCCAGUCGAAUCUCCGAUUCAAAAUGCUGAAGAAGAUUUCAACCGAUUGCUGUUUUACACAGAAGUGUGUUGGCUACCAAGAGGUACUUGUCUGACUCGAUUUUAUAAUCUGUUUGACUCUGUGAUAGAGCUCUUGGAAAACAAAGACACAGAAUUGCGCAACAACCUCAUCACAUCAAAGAAUGAUAUUGCGUACUUGACAGACCUGUAUAAAUUGUUUAAUGAUAUCAAUCUCCAACUUCAAGGUGACGACUUGAACUUGAUUAAAACAAAAAAUAUCGUUGCUGCUUUCGUAGCCAAACUGCUCUUACACAAGAAAAACAUCGGCAGACGUGAGUUUCACAAUUUCCCUAAUUUAUCAGCAGUACCCUUCAUCAACGACGACUUGCUUGUUUACUGCCAACAUUUGGAGAACCUCCACAGUGAUUUCAAAGAACGGUUCCAGGACAUUUUAAAAUUGGAAAUACCGGACUGGGUGUUGGAUCCUUUUUCAAAUGUCAACACAGCAGGAUCAUCUCAGCUUGAGGAAGAACUUAUAGAACUGACAACGAACGAGGAAAUAAAAAUCAAAUUCAAAAAUGGCUACCAAGAAUUUUGGCUACAAAAGCCAAUCCCACAAUUGUACCCUGGAUUGUGGUCGAUUGUUCAACGAUUUUUGAUAGCAUUCCCAUCGUCAUAUUUGUGUGAACGUGGAUUUAGUGCUGUGGCAACGCUGCUAACUAAAAAGAGGAAUCGCUUGCAUGUUACCGAACGCGGUGACUUACGGCUGUUUUUGAGUAAAUUCGAACCUGAUAUUAACAAACUUGUUAAAAAUCAUCAGAUUCAUCCUUCACAUUAGAUAAGUUUUAAAAUUUUAAUUGAAAUGUUUGUUUUAAUUUGAAUAAAAGUCUUUUUAAAUA